UUUGGACAAACUGUUGAAGUAAAUAAGUUCAUUUAGGUGAACAUGGCUCUUUAACAAACAAUAACGCCCUUAUAUAAAUGUUUACAGUGUCAUCUUAAACAAGCAAUUUGUUGACUUAGUGCAGCUGACUGUUCUGUCGUUAGCUUCAUGUAGGGGUAUUUAAGCAUGAAGACGUCGUUUUGGAGCUCCUUUACCUGUAAAUUACAGGUGAGAGUUGACUGCUGUGUUAUACUGCAUUAGAUAUAAAGUUAUACUGCUAUCACUAUAUCGGCAACGUGUUGCUUGUUCAGAAUGGAUGGAAAGCUGUCUAAAGAGAACAUUAGGGGUUUACUGGCCCCGUGGAGGUUCACACUCAUGAACCCUGGGAUCGAAGAAAGGCUGCUGUUGGCUAUGCAACUCUUUGAGCGAUUCCCUUUAGAUAUAUCUGUGACUGGAGGAACCCCCGAAGCCAACGCACAGCUCUGUUCUAUGGUCUGUGGUCUGGACCAAAACCAGAAAAUGGAAGAGGAGAAUGACGAAAAUGAGGAGAGUGAAGAAGACGAUGAGGAGGAGGAGGAUGAUGACGAUGAUGAUGAGGAAGAUAAUGCAGAUGAAGAAGAUGAAGAAGCAAAUGAUGAAGAUGCUAAACGUCAAGACAGUAAGAAAAAGCGUGUGAGGAUAGCAGAAAAAGCUGAGUGUAUGGGGUGGGGUGUUUCUUAUUUUGACUCGAUGGUUUCGCACAGUCAAAUUCCCAAUGUUCGUGUCAAGACAGUACACGGCCAUCCGAUUUCCAAUUGUAUUAUCAAUACGAAAAGCCAGCUGUACGACUCGACAAACUUUGAUGUUCUGGUGGCCCUCACGACAGAAGAGCGCAGGGAAGACCACACGUGGCUCAGGAUAGAGCUGCGCGAUAGAAAUAAGCCUUUCUAUCUGGUGAAAGCCCAGCAGGUGUGGGAUGUGGUCGAUGAGAAACCCUCCGGGCCGUGCUUGACCUGCGCCUGGGAGCGAACGAGAGCUCGCAAACUGGAGUUGCAAAAAAGGGAAAAAGAAACAUUUGGAGAGACGUUGAAAUUAAAAGAUCAAAACCUUCAGAUUCCUUCAGAUGCAGUGAAGUUGCUGGAGAUGAAGGAUAUUGGUGAGGUGUUCGCUAAAGCCCUGCCUGAUCUGCAGAAGACGGCUUUUAGUCAGUUCUUGGUGGCGAUCACGAAAGAGCUUUGGACUCCUAAAUUCAUAGCGGCUGACCCACAGAUUGUGGUCUCCACGGCUUUGAAGUAUGGAAAGAUAAACAAGGACGACCUUGAUACGAUAUCCAGACUCUCACAUCCUAGAGAUGUCACAGACGAUCCCUCCAAGAUUCUGGCGAUCCUCAGAGCUCUCGAUGACUUCCGCCUGGAUAUCGGUGUGUUGGGUGAGACAGGCUGUGGUUCCUCCAGCCUGAUCAAUGUCCUCUUGGGCAAGAAGAACGACGAGGAACAAUCUGCCCCGACUGGUGCUACUGAAACCACUAAAGUGGCUAUGAAAUAUCUCUAUCCUGAGUUAUCCAACAUCUAUCUUGUGGAUCUUCCUGGCUUCGGAAAGAUAAGUGGGCUUAAUAGUCAAUCCUUGGCAUCCAGUUACAGUGAAGCUCAGGUUGCACCUUCUACGCUUGCUUUGUGUGAUGUGUACAUACUGUUGUCUCCUUUAAGACUUAAAUUGGGUAUCAUACAGUUACUGCAGCGGUUGUCCUCAAUGAAGAAAGAAGUUUAUUUGGUGCUCACCAUGGCAGACCUGAUUGAGGAAAAGUUUAUCGAGCAGGUCAGGGAAUGGGCUGAAGGUGUCUUGAAGGAACUGGGUCUCAAGCAGAACUUGUUUUUGGUUUCUGCCCACCAUCCAGAAACCUUGGACUUCCCCAAGCUAAAGGAGACGAUACAUAAAGCCAUACCAAACCAUAAGAAAGUCGCUCUUGCUAGAUAUGCAGCAAAGCUACUGGAUGAAGAUGUAUUCUGGAGUAGAUCUGAUUCAUGCAAAUCUAUGUAACUUUUGCACCGACACAAAGUACCCUGGUAUUGGGUAUUUGCAUUGCUUAUACAAUGGUAUUUUCAAACACUUUACAUGGCACUUUAUCUAUAGUACUGUACUAUAUAGCAGUGGCGAGGCUAUAUAAGGGCCAAGGUGGCACCGGCCCCUCUCAGCUUGACCCCUGGCCCACCCAGUCAGAAAAGACACAAAACAUUUUUAUGGAAAAACCAAAGAAAUCAUGCAUAAAUUAUAAUAAUCUCUUAAAAAAUAAUAAUCACCCAAACACGCAUCAUUCAGAAAUAAAUAAGUAUUUCUUCAUAAUUUGCAUGCAUUUUUUAAAUUAUGUAAUUAUGUAAUGAGAGGGCAUUGAUGUCUACCCUAUUUCACAUUUGAGAUCCAGUCAGUUUAAAAUUUUUGGCCUCGACACUGCCAUAUAGUAAAGUGUAGUAAAAAUUCAAAUAUUAUUUAAGACUAAAAAUUGCUUAUAAGUAUAUAUAUAUAUAUAUAAUAUUUUAUCACGCUUGUCAAGAUCAUGUUUCAUUUGGUGGGUUUAUCUGUUUGACCAGUGGCGCAAAUUAAAAAUGAGUGUUCGGAGUGUCAUGUGUGUGGCUCUUGUUUUCAAAAUAUGUGUUUGUUGCGUCAUGUGAACCAUGUGCAUCACGUGUUUUGUCAAAAUAAGUGCCUGCUGCACACGCGUCAAAACCGUUUAUGAUAAAAGAGACGCUCAAGUUAACAAAAUACAUGCAAGACACUCCCUUAACAGUUAACUCUGGUUAUGGAUGAGAUUAUGUGAGAAUCUGGCAAACGUGAGCUUCUCUUUUAUCAUAAACCCUUCAGACGCGUCUGCAGCAGGCACUCAUUUUGACAAGACACAUGAUGCACAUAGGUUCACUCGACACAUGUUUUGAAAUUACAAACCACACAAAUGACGGGCUACAUACAUGUUGUGACGAACUUCGCAUCAUGUGUCCUCGAAAAAAGAAGUCACCGGCUGCCACUGUGUUUGACUAAGGUUGAACAUUACUCUUUAAACAUGUUUUCAUACAUGCAUGACUGCCAUCCUGAUCCUGGCCUUAUACAUGAAGCAUACUUACAUGUGCUGUUAUUGAUACGACUGAUUAUUAUUUUUAUUACACCAAAUUCCUGCAAAUGCUACUUAUACAUUUUCUGUCUUACAGGCUUAACUUAUGACGUUUCAGAUUUAAUGUACACUCAGAUGCACUGUAAAAAAAUUAUUUGCUGCCUUACAUUUUUAAGUUUAAUCAAAUAUAGUUUAUGUUAACUUACUAUUAUUUAUCUUGACAAGAGAUGAGUUGAUUUAACUUAUAAAAUUAAGUUGAAAUAAGUCAACUUCAUUUUAUAAGUUAAAACAACUCCUCCCUGGUCAAGAUAAAUAAUAGUAAGUUGAAAUGAAGUAAAGGGGACAUUUGACAAGACUUUUUUAAGAAAUCUUUGGGGUCCCCGGACUACAUAUGUGAAGUUCUAGCUCAGAAUACCAUAUACACGAUAAUUUAUUAUAACAUGUUAAAAUUGCCACUUUGUAGGUGUGGGAAAAAUGUGCCGUUUUGGGAUGUGUCCUUUAAAAUGCAAAUGAGUUGAUCUCUGCACUACAUGGGAGUGCCAUUGUUGGAUAGUGCAGAUUAAUGAGCGGUAUUAUUAUAAUAAGACUAUAGCACUUAAACAUAGGAAAAAUCCGAUUUUCAUGAUAUGUUAAAUUUUAAGGCAUGCAGCAAAUAAUUUUUUUACAGUGUGGGUCCCAAGAAAUGGUCCCAAGUUGUCACCAUGUGGCAGUAGCUACUCCUCUAAAAUGUCCUAAUAUAUAUCAACAAGGUAAUUAGUAUUACUUUAAGGAACUAAUAUGUAAUCUUUGUAAUGUGUACUUUUUAAAAGGGUACCACCCGUGUGAAACUCGGGACCAUUUUUCUGACCGUGUACUGAAACACACUUAAAAGAGAUUCUUAUGGGACACAGUUAUGUAUAUUAAAUAUAAUAUAUAUUAUUAAAGACAGGAAUUAUUCACACUGACCCAACAAACACCAACAUUCUGAUUUAGAUUAAAGCGAUUUUUGGUGUUUGAUGGAUCAGUGUGAAACAGUGUUAAGAUCCCAGAUGAUGCUGUUAGUGUCGCUUUUGGUGUUCUGAGUAUUGGUCUGCAGUUGCUAGGGUACUCUGGUGGUUGCGGAUAUUGUUAUAUAGAUGCAAAUGUGUUCUUAUUAGGAUUUUUUAGGAACAAGGUUCUUUAGACUAUAAAAAACUAAAUAAAUUGUUAUUUUAAAUACUUUUGACUAAAUGGUUCUUCUAUAUGGCAUCGCAGUGAAAAACUUUUUAGUACCUUGAUUUUUUGAGUUUUGCUAAGUGGUUGCUACUGGAUGGUUGUUAGUCUGUACAGUAUAUACAGUACCUCAUUUCAAAUAAAUCUGUGACAUUCUGUUUUCUCCUUAA